AUGUUUCUCACUUCGAAACUGCAAUCGCCCAAAUCUCCAAUCUUCUUGAAUCCGAUUCAUCAUCACGGAUUCGUCGAUACAAAUCUCUCGUUUCGCCGCCGGUACACUCUCCGGCAAGCUUCGCCGACUUUACGAUUCGCGAAGGUUACGGACUCAAUCGCGUCUUCUUCUCCCUCGCAGUACUCAAAUCCGCAGGAAUCUUCCGAUCCAUUGGUCUCUUCUCGUCUGACAUCGUCCGUGGGACAGCCUCCUCUCCAGCUCUCUCAAUGGACACUCACGCAGAAACAUUUCGUCUUCCUCAAUGUCGUCGCUUGCGUAACAGCAAUUUCAGCAUCAUGGCUAUUCUUAGCUGCAAUUCCUACACUUCUGGCUUUCAAGAAAGCAGCUGAGUCUCUUGAAAAGCUUUUGGAUGUAACCAGAGAAGAGCUACCAGAUACAAUGGCUGCUGUUCGAUUAUCGGGAAUGGAGAUCAGUGACUUAACAAUGGAGCUCAGUGAUUUAGGACAAGGGAUCACUCAAGGUGUUAAAAGCUCGACACGGGCUAUUCGCGUAGCUGAAGAUAGACUAAGACGGUUAACAAACACGAAUCCAGUAGCUUCAAUGCAGGAGGUGAUGCAUCAAACCAAGGCAGAGGAAACAGAACCAAAGGUGGCUAAAACAGCGAGGAACUUAAAGGAAGGGAUCGUAAAGGGACGUUCUUUAUGGCAACUCUUCUUCACUAUCACUCGGUUCUCCAGAAUGGCUACAAGUUAUCUUGCAAAGCGAGCUAAGCAGUAG